UUGUCGUUACCAUGAUGCUUCCCAUGACCACGAUGGAGACCCUUGGGAGAGAUGCUGCAGCACAAUGACUGAACCGCAGAGUCCCCCCGAGCCGAUGGGUGCUGGGGAGAGCCUUGGCGAAAUAGGCGGCAAUUACAAGAUCACCAUCUUCGAGCUGGAGAAUUUCCAGGGCAAGAAGCGUGAGUUGACAGAGGAAAGUCCGAAUGUGACGGAGGAAGCGCUGGAGAAAGUGGGAUCGAUCCAGGUAGAAUCAGGCCCGUGGCUCGGGUUCGAACGCCAGGCCUUCUGCGGGGAGCAGUUCGUGCUGGAGAAGGGAGCUUACCCGCGCUGGGACUCCUGGUCCAACAGCCACUGCAGCGACAGCUUGAUGUCCGUCCGCCCCCUGCUGAUUGACAGCCACGACCACACAAUCCACCUGUUUGAAAACGCCGGUUACAACGGGAGGAAGAUGGAGAUUGUAGAUGACGAUGUGCCAAGCCUCUGGGCUCACGGGUUCCAGGACCGCGUGGCCAGCAUCAAAGCACUGAAGGGAACGUGGGUGGGCUAUGAAUACCCCGGCUACCGAGGCCGCCAGUACGUCUUUGAGAGGGGCGAGUACCAGCACUGGAACGAGUGGGACGCCAGCCAGCCCCAGAUCCAGUCGGUGCGCCGUGUCCGGGACCAGCAGUGGCACAAACACGGCUGCUUUGAGACCAGCUGAAGGGGACCCUGGCGCCUUGCGCAGCCAGGCCCAAGGAAGAGGAGGAGGACGUGACUUCUAGCCCGUGGCGUUUGUGUCAAACCUUCUCAAUAAA